GUGACCCUUUACCCUGUGAUUGGAUUGUUCACAGGACCACACAUAACGAAACAGAAAUUAUCAGGAAGCAAAUCCACAACGUUUAAACAUGGCCAUAACAACCGAUCACAUCCGGGCUAAACUCAGAGCGGAGCUUGCGGCGGAGCACGUCGACGUGGAGGAUAUGUCGCCCAGCAGAUGUGCGACGAGCUUUAAAGUGCUCGUGGUGUCGUCCCAGUUUGAGGGCAAGCCCCUCUUACAGAGACACAGGAUGGUGAACACCUGCUUAGCGGAGGAGCUGAAAGACAUCCACGCCUUGGAACAGAAGACUCUCACACCGGAACAGUGGGAGAAACAAAAGUCUAAAUGACAUUGCCGCCAUCGUAUUGUGUGGUAAAACAUAACAAGAAGCAAGCAAGUGUCGUUACAGUUCCCAUCCCAUGAAGAUUGUAUAAAUGCAUUUGAAAAUGCUGCUGGCAAUAAAACUGACAGCUGCCUGUGUUGCAGUUUUGA